CUACAAAAAAAGUGCCCUAUACCGAGGGUUCAAUAGCAAGGGUUCAUCAAACCCCCGCUAACUUUUUCUGAACUCCCUCUUCCAGCGGUUUGUGGCAAGGGUUCAUGAUCCCCUGCUACUCACACAACUAAUUCGAGACCUAUAAACCCUCUCUCUGUUCCGUUCCUCGAUUUGAAAACCUUCUUCAAUCUACUUUUUCUUUCCAGCUCGAUUUUCACCAAAGGCCAAGAAUUCUAUGUCUAGGGAUUUGUUGUGAUCCGAAGUCCCGAAGAGUUGCGAUUUCGCUCGAUUAAGAAGAAUCACCGCGGGAUUUCGAUCGGAAACCCCCAAUACGGUUCGAGAUAUGGCGACAUUGACAUCCUGAACUCGCUUCCUAUCGUCAGAGUCAAAUAUUUGGCGAGAUCAGUUUUCACAUGGAUCUCCGUCGCUAGCGAUCGAGAAUCCACACCAGAGCUCAUAAUUGCUCCGCCGAGCUUACCACUGUUCAAGCCAAAGCCAGAACUAGACAAGUCGGCAGGACCGCCCGCCAUGCCAGAAUUAGGAAGAAGGCACUACGGAGCUGCCGAGGCUUCCCGUCUUCCGUUCGAACGAGCAUUACUUCGUUCAGUUGAAGAAAGGAGGAUUGGAUACUUAGGAAUUGGGUCCAUCCUAAUUCCUGCGGGGAAUCAAAGACCUAUCAUGCCUAAGCAUAUCAGCGUGACAGCAGAAGUGGCAGAUUCCUUGUCCAACCAAGGUCUACUUGAUAUUAUCCAUCCUGCCGCUGAGAUCCUCGUCGACAUUGCCAAGUCCCAGGAUUCCGAGGAUAUCGACAAGGUCAAAGGUUUAGCGACCAACAUAAAAGGGAAGAGUCUGGAAGAAAAGAAAAGCUUACUUUCUAAAUGCGCACAAACAACACUGAAUUCUAACCUCAUAGGUGGAGAGAAAGAGUUCUUUGCAACGAUGGUUGUGAAUGCUGUCAUUGCAAUUGGAACUGAUGACAGGCUAAAUAUGAUUGGAAUAAAGAAGGAGUAUUACGUAUUGCAUUAUUUGCUGUCUCGGAAGGGUUUCCAGGAGGUGUUUGAAUGUGGAUUCUGCACCAAACUCACUAAUGCUGGGAUUGUUUAUAAGGUGGUCCACUAUUACGAGGAGGCUGCCAGGAAGAACGAACAAUGAGAUCAAAGUGCCAGCUUCUCAGUUUCUGCAGUCAUGUUCAAAGGUUAUAAUCGUUGUUUAUAGUUUGCUUCAAGAGCAUAGAUUUAAAUCUUUGGGGUUUUCCUAUUUACAAAGUGAUCUGGCUCUUCUAGUUGAUAUAGAAUGACAUUUAUGACCAGAAUGUUGAGCUUGUUAAUGUUAAAAAAAACAGGGUUUACCAAUUAUAUUAGAAUG